AUGACGUCAUCCGCAUCACCGCUUACGUCACAUCUGUUCUCGCCUCCGUCGCUCUCAUCGCCGUCUCUGUCGUCAACGUCCGCUCGUUCCUGGCUGCUGGCAGCCGGCGCCUCGUUCUCAUUGGUCGCCGCGUUUUCCGGGACGGCAACGGUGGCGGCGAAGGAGCGGCCCGAGGUGGAUCUGGGUCGCGACGCGGAGGUGGUGCUGUACCAGUACGAGGCGUGCCCUUUCUGCAACAAGGUCAAAGCCUUCCUGGACUACUACGACAUCCCGUACAGGGUGGUGGAGGUGAACCCCGUGGGCAAGAAGGAGCUCAAGUGGUCGCCCUACAAGAAGGUGCCCGUGCUCGUCGUCAACGGCGAAUCCCUCGUCGACUCCUCAGCCAUCAUAUCCGAGUUGCACCGCCGCCUGAACCCCUCCAAGGCCACCAACAUCCCGCCCGCCGCCCCUGCUGCCUCCGCCGCGGCGGCUUCCGCGCCUGGCGCGUAUGCCAGCGCCAUCGGCGGCGGGAGUAGCAGCAGCGCGGGGGGAACUAGCAGCAGCGGGGGCGGUGGUGUGGCGGAGGGAGUGGCGGAGGUUGUGGGGCACGUGGGCGAGCGGGGCGUGGCGGAGGGGCAGGCGGAGGAGGAACUGGACGAGGAGACCCGAUGGCGCAGGUGGGUGGAUGGGCACCUGGUGCAUCUGCUCUCGCCCAACAUCUACCGCUCGCCCUCUGAGGCGCUAGAGGCCUUCGACUACAUCGCCACCAAUGGCAACUUCACGGCGUGGGAGCGCAUGAUGGCUCGCUAUUUUGGAGCGGGCGCCAUGUACAUGAUAGGCAAGAAGCUGAAGAAGAAGCACGGCAUAGCGGAUGAGCGCACCGACCUCUACAAGGCGGCUGACGAGUGGGUGGCGGCUCUUGGCGACAGGAAGUUCCUCGGAGGAGAGACCCCGAACCUCGCUGAUUUGGCAGUGUUUGGAGUGCUGCGGCCAAUCAGGCACCUGACAGCUGGCAGGGACAUGGUGGCGAAUUCGAGCAUAGGGCUGUGGUACGAGCGCAUGGAGCAGCACGUGGGCGCCUCUGCCAGGAUCACCGCCGCUGACGGUGCUGCUGUGACUGGUGCUGCUGCGGGCAAAUAG